AAGAAAGACGAACUGCUGUGGUCACGGUGACCAAAAUCUGUGGCCCAACCUCUGCAUCUCUGCGACAGCAUGGCGGCGGUGGAGACUCGGGAGUGUGAAACGGAGGGUUGCAGUAGCGAGGCAAAACUUCAGUGCCCAACAUGCAUUAAACUUGGAAUCCAAGGUUCAUAUUUCUGUUCGCAGGAAUGCUUCAAGGGUAGUUGGUCCACUCAUAAAUUGCUCCACAAAAAAGCAAAGGACGUUGUGAACUGUGUGGAGCAGGACACCAAUACCGACCCAUGGCCAGGCUACCGAUACACGGGCAAGCUUCGCCCUCACUAUCCACUGACUCCCAAACGGCCUGUUCCUGGGACCAUCCAAAGACCUGACUAUGCUGACCACCCCAUGGGCAUGUCUGAGUCGGAGCAAUCCCUGAAAGGGACAUCCCAGAUAAAGAUCUUGACGAAUGAGGAGAUAGAGGGCAUGGAAACUGUGUGCAAGUUAGCACGGGAAGUGUUGGACAUCGCUGCCUUGAUGGUCAAACCAGGGGUCACGACAGAGGAGAUUGACCACGCUGUACAUCUGGCCUGCACUGCACGCAACUGCUACCCAUCUCCUUUGAACUACUACAACUUCCCCAAGUCCUGCUGCACCUCCGUCAAUGAGGUCAUCUGCCAUGGCAUACCUGAUCGCAGGGCACUACAGGAGGGUGACAUACUCAAUGUGGAUAUCACAGUCUUUCACAACGGUUACCAUGGAGACCUCAACGAGACCUUUUUUGUGGGCGAGGUAGAUGAGGGAGCCAAGCGUCUGGUGCAGAUCACCUAUGAGUGCCUCAUGCAGGCCAUCGACGCAGUGAAACCAGGUGUGCGCUACAGGGAGCUGGGAAACAUCAUCCAGAAGCACGCACAGGCGAGCGGUUUCUCUGUGGUCAGGAGUUACUGUGGCCAUGGCAUCCACAAGCUAUUUCACACAGCACCCAAUGUACCACACUAUGCUAAAAAUAAGGCAGUGGGUGUGAUUAAGCCAGGCCAUGUCUUCACCAUUGAGCCCAUGAUCUGUGAAGGGGGUUGGCAGGACGAGACCUGGCCAGACGGCUGGACCGCGGUGACCCGAGACGGAAAGCGCUCGGCUCAAUUCGAACACACACUCCUGGUGACCGAGACCGGCUGCGACAUCCUCACGCGUCGCCUCGACGACAACGGCCGCGCCCACUUCCUGUCCUUCAUGUAAACGCGGUUUGAAGCUGACCAGGCGCCACCCCCUUCGCCCAGCCCCCACCCCCUCCCAUCGGUCUGGCGGGCUGGCUCUGGUCCGAAGGAAAGGGAUUGCGAUGAAUUCGAGCUGGAGACGGAGAAGCUGAGAUAAUUGCUGAAUGUUGUCACCUUGACGGCCAUGUGACUUGAGUGUUAAAUUUCUUGCUGCACGUCCGAUUGGAUGCGCUGGUACCCCCCCUCCCCCCAACCCAACCCCACACACCCUUCACCCCUCAAAACGACAGAACGAGCAGGCGCUCUCUACCCCUCUAUUCUGCGUCACGCCGUGCACCAAGACCCAGUCUGCUUAGGGCAUUAAUGAACCUGUAGCCGCGUAGAAAAUCUAUGAAACAUCCACUGUAUGAGGAAAACACAGAGAAGGCGUAGUGUUGGGUGUCUGUCAUAUGUCUUCACUCCCCUCACAGGCAUGAAGGUGCAGUGAUGCCCGCAGCAGACUGGUCAGAUUAAUUGUGUGUGUCUAUAUGCACAGUCGUUUCGUGUGUGUGUGUGUGUGUACGUUUGUGAGGAAGAGUUUGAGUGUCUGUGAGCAAUCAGUGCCUGGCUGUGUGUGAAUGAGUGACACAAUAUGUCAGGAUAUUACUGUGAGCAGUUGCUGGCUUGUACUGUAUAUGGUGUGUGUUUUCUAGUGUGUGGUUGUGCGUGUGUUUGUGUGUACAAGGAGCGGUUAAAGGAGAUAACUUUUUUAACUCUUACAUGGAGACUCUUCUGUCAUUGUCAGUUCACCGUUUCUUAAAAGAUCUGAUUUAAUUCCAAAGAUCACUGGUCCCGUUUUAUUCAAGAGUGCCUCGCGUCGCUGCAUUCAACACGGACAAUCCUCACACCACCCUCAACAUUCUGUCAUACAAAACUACACUCAUCACCACCUUCAUUUUAUGCACUUAGACGAGCAGAGCAGAGCGGUUCCAGAAGGUGCAGCCUUGUUCCUUGUUAUGUUCUUGUUCUCCUGGCAAGCAAAACUCUGAUUGCCUUUGACUCGGACAUGUCUUUUGCGGAGGUUGGAGGUGUGUAUGUGUGCUCGUGUGUGUGAGUACAGAGGGGGUACGAGGAGGGGGACUGAAAGAGUGUGCUGAUGUCCAGAAUACUUAUCUUGGAUAAAUGUGACCCUGUAAUAUGUUUUUGUUCUACAUAUUCAUUUCCUGUGUAACUUGUUACACAAUAAGGUGAUUCAUGUGAACACACUCUCAGAAGACCGAUGAUCUACACGUUUCUGUUGGAUUCAGGAAGGAGCUGUAGGCAAGCAGCGCUAAGGCUGCUGUCGUCAUGCUGUCGUUGGCUUUUCAGCCUAGAAAGUGACAGUUUCACUGGGGUUGGUAUGCUACCAUGAUAAUGAGCAAGCAUGUCACAAUUGAAAUAGUGCUUGGUGCUAUGAUUGUAAUUUGAAAAGCUAAAAUAAUUAAAUUUAUUUCAGUAUUCUUUGUCAAGCUGAAUUAAACUGUUCAUCCUUGUGAAA